AUGGCUGAUGCUUUGGUUACCCUAACCUCCAUGAUCAAAGUGAACAAACUAGAAGACAUGAAGCCUAUUCAAAUCAAAAUUUAUGAGACCCCGGCCCAUUGCUACAAUAUUGAGGAAGAGAAAAUUGAUAACAAUCCUUGGUACCAAGAUAUACUGCAAUAUAUGAAAAAUCAUGAGUACCCUGAUCAGGCAACGGAGAAUGAUAAGAGGACAUUGAGAAGACUUGCUAUUGACUAUGUCUUAGAUGGAGAGAUUUUAUACCAAAGGGGAAAGGAUCAAGUACUUUUGAGAUGCAUGGAUGCUGUGGAGGCCAAGAAAAUCUUGAAGGAAGUCCAUGAGGGUAUUUACGGAACGCAUGCCAACAGAUUCACAAUUGCUAGACAGAUUAUGAGAUUCGGGUGUUACUGGUCCACCAUAAAAAGAGAUUGCAUCAGUUAUGCCAAGAAAACUUCUACCGGGGCGACGCAUUUUUCUCUGGUUUAUGAGAUGGAGCCAGUUUUACCCAUUGAAGUUGAAAUUCCUUCUCUCUGGGUUUUAGCUGAACUAAAGUUGCAUGAGGCCGAAUAG